AUGGCCACAGGGGAGCUGAAAGGAGUGACAGAACUCCAUGGGGAAAAGGAGGAGAUGGCUGCCGGGUGGGGUGUGGUCCCCCCCUCACCUGGGUCCGAAAGAGUCGCUGGACGAUCAACGGUCCGUCCUUUUCGGGUAUCCCGGGCGAGGUUUUUAGGUUUUUCAGGUAAGGGCACUUACCUAUCCAAGGUGGUGAUGGAUGCGGCGCUGGCAUUCAAGAAAGUGGGCGAAGGCCUUAAGGGGCUGGUGUCCCUAAUAGCUGCUACCCAGUGGGUGACCAUGGCCUUACCUCGUGGUGGUUUUGCUCUGUUCCAUGGGGCAGGCUCCUGGGAAGGGCAGUGUGCCUUCAGUUGGAGGGAGGCAUCUGAGGAAAUCGUCCAUGAAAGGAAUCCACUGGAGAGCCGUCUGUCCCCAGAAAAGCAUCCUACAGGAAUGGGUCACUUGCGCGUAACAAAAGAUGGACUUCGCUUGGAAGGGGAAUCGGAAUUUUUAUUCCCAUUGUAUGCCAAAGAAAUACACUCCAGAGUGGACUCAUCACUGCUCCUGCAGUCAACUCAGAAUGUGACAGUGAAUGCCCGCAACUCCGAAGGGGAGGUCACUGGCAGAUUAAAAGUGGGUCCCAAAAUGGUAGAAGCCCAGAGUCAACAGUUUCAGAUCAACUCCAAAGAUGGCAAGCCACUCUUUACUGUGGAUGAGAAGGAAGUUGUGGUUGGAACAGAUAGACUUCGAGUAACAGGGCCUGAAGGGGCUCUUUUUGAGCACUCAGUGGAGACGCCCCUUGUCAGAGCUGACGCAUUUCAGGACCUUAGGCUGGAGUCCCCCACACGGAGUCUAAGCAUGGAUGCCCCCCGGGGUGUUCACAUUAAAGCCCACGCUGGGAAAAUGGAGGCUCUUUCCCAGAUGGACAUCGUUUUCCACAGUAGUGACGGGAUGCUGGUGCUUGAUGCUGAAACUGUGAGUCUGCCCAAGUUGGUGCAGGAGACGCAGGGUCCCUCUGGCAGCUCGCAGGGACUCUACGAGAUCUGUGUGUGCCCCGACGGCAAGCUCUACCUGUCCGCUGCCAGUGUGGGGACCACGUGCCAGGAACACAGCCACAUCUGCCUCUGAGCCACCUGCCU